GCGCCAGUCAUCACUACGGCGGUCACUGCGAUUUUGUUACUGCGACAAUUACGGAGGACGAUGCUUGGAUAUCACCCGCGCUAAAUUGGGGGCUGCUCUCUCUUUCUCAACCACUUUCUCUACCUGUCGUGUCUUCCUUUUCCUUUUUCUUCUUACCCUUCCUUAUUUUCUUAUUCUAUUUUCUUCUUCCCUUUCCCAAGAUGUCUGUUUUCUGCCUGUGAAAGAACAAUUUGGGCUUUCGUUCAUUCAUUAUCUUCUGUCGUGGAGACCUCCUGUUAAUUUACCAUUACCCGCUUUUUUUGCUUCAUUCCCCUUAGACGCUGGGUUUGGGCGCCUCUCGACAACGCUAUCUCUGCCCCAAUUGGAGGCAACACCUUUGAAUGGGAAUCGUCUGAUCUUGCAAUAUAUCAUGUCGUCAAAGGCGCGGUCGAGUCCCGCGGAUGACCGGCGCGACCGUCUCACCCUGGCGAAACUGGCCAGCUAUGACGACGUCGCAACGGAUGCGCUGGUUGAUCGAGCUUAUUUCUGGACCAAUACUCGGAAGAACCGGACCAAAUACAUCGCUCUUCGUGGAGUCAGCGAGGAUAGUGUUGCUCACACCCUGCUUCACGAUAUCAUCGUGGAAAAGGACGUCGCCAAGGCUGAGCGUACCCUGCUGUCGAUGUCGGGGCUGAAGAGAUACCUGGCCAAGUUGCCCAACGAUCGCGAGAAGGACUGGUUCCGCCGCCAUCUACGCAAAUACAUCCAAAUGUACCUACCGGACUCGCCCUUUGAGGUCACCACUACCAAUCGCUACACGAUCAUCGAACACGAAGCCGCCAUCUGCGCCCGCAGGUUCAUCAAACAGGGCCAGGAGAUCAAGUACCUCAGCGGAACGCUCGUGCCUAUGACCCGCGAAGAAGAACAAGAACUGGAUCUCAAGCGAAAGGACUUCAGCAUCGUCAUGUCGAGUCGCCGGAAGACACCGUCUUUCUUUCUCGGUCCCGCCCGCUUCGCCAACCACGACUGUAAUGCCAACGGUCGCCUGGUGACCCGGGGCUCGGAGGGCAUGCAGGUUGUCGCCACCCGCGAUAUCUACAUUGGUGAAGAAAUCACUGUUUCUUAUGGUGAGGACUACUUUGGUAUUGAUAAUUGUGAAUGUCUCUGCCUGUCAUGCGAACGGGCUGUGCGCAACGGGUGGGCGCCAGUGGUGGACUCGGACCAACCAAGUCAAGCAUCGACCCCCGCCGCAGCCGAAGAUUCUCUCACUCCCAGAAAACGGAAGCGGGCACCCGACUCUGAUGUCGACACGUCUCCAUCCACUCCACGCAAGCGAGGUGCAUUCGUCCGCCAGACUUCAAAGUUAAGAUCAGAGGUCUCACAGGCCGAAGUCGAUUCUUCUAUCGAAAUCGCCCAAGAGAACUCCCUCAGCUCGGUUGAUCAUCCAAGGCCGACACCACCCGCGCCCAGCGAGGCUGCCGAGGCUGCGGGCGAUCCUGCGGGACCAGAGACCAAAGAGGACGAGAACCCUCGACCUCACCACGGGACCGACUGUGAAUCGCCCGCAUCUGUCACGGCCGACGACUCUCAGCGUUCGUCGGCGUCCACUGCCCCAACUUCAGUGUGCGAUGGUGGGGUGACUGCGAAGGUAGAGGAGACUAUUGAAACUACCGUCCACGAAAACCCUUCGAUUCCCCCCAUUCAGGUGGAGCAAACUGUGUCAGCCUUGUCCGGAUCCACUCACAACGACCACGAUGUCUUGUCCGUACUCUCCGAAUCUCUUGAACUGGAUGAAAAGCUCGGCACUGUGACCGAUCGAGUCGAAACACCCCGGAGAAAGUCUCGCGGGAAAAACGGAGUUGUUCCCUCGGUGGAGGCGGAAUCCCACGGCACUCGGGUCCCCGGAGACUACACCAAGACCUCCCGCUUACUCGCGCAAACGUACGAUCGAUGGGUUGACUGUCAUACGUGCAAUGUCUGGUUCGUCCAGCACAACUCGUACCUGACGCGGAGGGAAUGUCCCCGGUGCGAGCGCCACUCCAUGCUCUACGGCUUCCGCUGGCCCAAAACCGACCCCGAGGGCAACAACGACGAUGAGGAGCGCGUGAUGGACCAUCGCACGGUGCAUCGAUUCCUGUAUCCCGAGGAGGAAUCUCGCGUCUCGCGCAAGGACCGCGGCGUCAGCUUCGGCGUCACCCCCACCCCGGAGCUCUCUGACGCGCGCGUCGAAACGGACGACGGUGAGGCGUCUGCCGACCGGGGAAACACGAGAGCGAGCCGCACGCGGACGCGCGCCCUGCGGAUGACCAUGUAAUAAUGACGACGGGUAGCUGAGACCCCGGUUCCUAUGUAAUGCUGAAUGUUGGGUGCGGUGUUCUUAUUCCCCUGGGUGCGACUGGCGUUCUGGUUUGGUAUCUUCUCUGGACAUCACUUGUGUGAUCUACAAUCGACGGGUUUAUAAUGUCUAGUCUUUCUGGCGUUAUUGUGUACACGGACUCCCUGGUUGAUUUCCCACUUCUGUCUUUCUAUUUUCUUUUUUUUUUUUUUUUUUUUUUUU